UAUAUAUUGGCGUUUCUGCAAAUCAAGUGUAAAAAAAAAAGUCUUCUUAUGCUUUGCUCGUCGAACAUAUUAUACGUCAUCAGCCAGCCGCCUGAGACAAACACACGAGGCUACACAACAACUCCCGAGUGUUACAAAGUUGUACUAAGGUCAGUCAUGGGGAAAAACAAACCAAGGGUUAAGAAGCAGCAAAAUGUCUUCCAGGUGGCCAACAAACAAGGCAAAAGUAAGAACAAGGCAAAACGAGUCAAAACCUCACUGAAACAAAUGAACGCUGUGAAACAUGAGAAGGUGGAGAACCUGAACCAGAUCUUCACAGAGGUCCAGAGGGACGUGAAGAGCAUCUCUAAAAGUGUGGCUCCUGCGCCGCAGAAACCCACGCAGACAGUCAGAGAGCCGCCAAAGGAAGCGGUUAACGUGGACAGCGCUGCACAGCUGUUCUCCCAGCUUGGGCAGAAGUAACCAGUGGGGUGGAUCCACUGGUACAGUCUGUUCUCCCAAUUGGAGCAAAUGUAACCAGCGGGUUAUCUGCUGUUACAGUCUGUUUUACCAGCCAGUAUAAAAGACUACAAGAAGAAGGCGGACACAUGUAUAGACUGUUGGAAGUUGUCACGACAACGUGACUUUGAGCUCGAGAUUUUCUUGAUUAUUUUGACACAAAUUGUAAUUAAGGAGAUUGCAGACGGCUUAUCUUGUACCAUUGAAAUAAUUAUUUCUUAUAUCAUUGGAGUGUAUUUGUGUAGUGUGCUUGUAAGCGUGUAUAGGUUACAUGUGAAUUUGUGAAAUAUGGACUGAUGUUUAGGGAUGGUAAAGCCCACUUGACAUUCUCUUAAUUAAAAAUAAUAAUAAUUGUA